AUGAAAUGGACAGUCCUCGUCCCACACCACUCCCAUAGCCCUGGCUCAAUGGCCACGUCCCUAGACUUUAACCACUACCUAAAUGGAGCCUGCGGAGGCAGAGGUAUCGGGGUUGAAGUAAUUGGAGAUACCGUUCGUUGAGUCCACACCACAGGCAUACACUUCUGACAAGCGGCUGCAAAGUCCCAUUACCCCAGAGAGAGAAGUCCUACAGAGCAAUAACUGGACCACAGCAGAGAGGGAGGGAUCUCCCACAGCUUCUCUGACACGGUUCCUCCUGAGCCACUGAAGGAGACAGGGACUGCCUGGGACCCCAGUCCGGCACCAUGGGUCGCUGGAUGCUGUUAUUGGCUUUCCUGUUGCUCCUCCAAGGCACUGCGGUGGUGGUGCUGCUCGGCUGGUACUCCGAGGGCAGCCUCUGCCGGCGGCCCCCGCCAGCCCAGGGCAAGGUCCACGUGCUGCUGGUCUCGUCCUGGCGCUCAGGCUCCUCCUUCCUGGGACAAGUCUUCAGCCAGCAUCCGUCCGUCUUCUAUCUGAUGGAGCCCGCCUGGCACGUCUGGUCCCAGCUGUCAAACUAUGGCAGACGCAAGCUGAAGAUGGCGGUGAGGGACCUGGUCCGCAGCGUGUUCCAGUGCGACCUGUCGGCGGUGGAGGCCUACCUGCCCGAGCAGCACAACGUGUCCUCGCUGUUCAUGUGGAGCCAGAGCCGGGCUCUCUGCUCCCCGCCCGCGUGUGCGCUGGGCGCCCGCGACCGCCUCAGCGACCCCAAUGAAUGCCAGAAAAGGUGUGACGCCAGGGGGCUGCGGGGCGCCGAGGCGGCCUGUCGCAGCUACAGCCACGUGGUGCUCAAGGAGGUGCGCUUCUUCGAGCUGGAGUCCCUGUACCCGCUCCUGCGAGACCCCAGCCUGGACCUGCGGAUCGUCCACCUGGUGCGGGACCCGCGGGCCGUGAUGUCCUCCAGGGAGAAGAAGGCCGCCGCCUUCUACACGGACAGCGGCAUCGUGCUGGACCACGCCAAAGUCCCCGACCAGCAGCUGCAGCUGGAGGUCAUGCAAGAGGUGUGCCGCAGCCACGUGCGCAUCCACGAGCAAGCCACCCAGAAGCCCCCGGACUUCCUGCGGGGCCGCUACAAGAUGGUGCGUUAUGAGGACAUAGUGCGGAACACCCUGGUCGAGGUCAACGACCUGUACAAGUUUGUGGGACUGGAGAUGACCACGCGGGUCGGAGAAUGGAUCUACAAAGUCACCCAUGGGAAAGACUCCAAAGGGGGCAUCUUCGAGAUCAUCUCACAGAACGCCACAUACCUCUCCCAGGCAUGGCGCGCCACACUGGACCACAGCAAGGUCGUACGUAUCCAGGAGUUGUGCAAAGGUGCCAUGUCGUUGCUAGGGUACAGGAUAGUUAAUAGUGUACAAGAGCAGAAAGGUGUCAGUGUGGACCCUGUUAGCCCGAAGGGAGGGUACGAGUUUAGCUGGCUCCCUGCCAAAACAGAGACUGACAAAGGUAAAUGAAAAGAUUGGAGACCCACUGGUCUGUAGAGAGUACACACCUUUUAGGUCCUGACUAUUAGAAAAUCCUUUGGUAAAGACGACUUGAAUGACAAGAACACAAGGGUUGAUGCAAUGUUUUGUGUUGAAUUAACUAUGAACUGUCAAUGAGUGGGGCCAGUUCAUAUAGGUACGCUAUGCUAGUAUUCCUUAGUGUUUAUGUUGAGCAAUAACUAUAUCAACGUUUGGGGCUCAUGCUAAAACAUUCCAGAGGUUUGCACAACACAGACAUCUGAAUUAAAAAAGAUGCUCCACCUAGUCCUAACAGGACUAGGUGGAGAGAUUAUAUCUCAACACUGGCCUGGGAACACCUCAGGAUCCCCCCGUCAGAGCUGGUCAAUGUGGCCCGGGAAAGGGAAGUCUGGGGCCCCCUGCUUGAGCUGCUCCCCCCACGACCCGACCCCGGAUAAGCGGACGAAGAUGAGAUGAUGAGAUGCUCCUAAUUUUGAAUAUGUACAUAUUAUGUAGAAUCGACUUAAUACGUUUUUAAUCAAAGCUCUCUCGCUUAUUAUCUUUUACAAGAUCUUGAACAGAGAUUAUAAUAUUUAUUUGAAAGAAAAUGUAAGAGAAAACCUAUGAUUUAUUUCAAUCUUACAAUGGAAUAGUUACUUUAUUGUUCAUAAUGCUUUUGCUAGAUGGAAAGGGGGAUCUCAAAUGCAAAUGCUUCCAAAGAUCAUCUCACGUGAUAUGUAUUGGGCUAAACCAAAUAAGUUGGGCUCCAUUGGGCUUUUAUUUAGCCUUUUGUAUUUGUCAAAUAAAUUCAAGCUCUGGGAGGUUUCAUGUAUUGCUGAAUAUGUUUAUCCAUCAUUCAGUCUUUGGUCUUAGACAUUUUGGACAAUGGUUAAAUUUCUUUGAAUAUGAAACGCAUGGUUACUUUCAAAUUGAACAGGGACAUUUUAACUUCAAUAUUACCUUGGAAUUCAACACAAAUGUUGUUGCCAAAGUUGCCAAUUCUUCACUGUACAGUCUAACUUUGUGGCCUUGAUAUUAAAAUAAAUAUUUUU